AUGGGUGUACCGCUGUUUCUGCGCUCGGCGCUGUUGCCAUGCCGAGCAGUUCCUGGAGCCUAUCCACGGGAAUCACGCUCUAUCGUUGAGACCACUUUGGUGCAACUGCGAUGCGUUGGAACGCCAUUGUUAGCCACCCGAUACAACUGCGUUGAACAGCUGCCGCUUUCAAGGUCGUCUCAGAAACGCAGAAGGUACGCUACCGCUGCAUCCGCAUCAACGCCCGUCCCCGUCGUACCUUAUUCUGCCUUGACCGUUGGCGUGCCUCGUGAAACGUACCCGAACGAACGUCGUGUUGCCGUGACGCCUCAGAAUGUCUCCCUGUUGCUCAAGAAAGGAUUCUCGCGAGUGCUGGUUGAACGCGGUGCUGGAGAGGAAGCAAAGUUACACGAUCAAGUGUACGAACAAGCUGGAGCAACACUAGUCGAUCGGGAUUCCAUAUGGUCUCAGAGCAACAUCAUCUUGAAGGUCCGCAGUCCUCAGCAGCAAGGUUCCAUCGACGAAAUCGGAGCACUUCGCCAGGGAAGCACGAUCAUUUCGUUCCUGUACCCGGCCCAAAGCAAGCCAUUGGUCGAGAGACUUGCUUCGCGUGGCGUCACAUCUUUUGCCAUGGACAUGAUACCAAGAAUAUCUCGCGCACAAACAUACGAUGCUCUUAGCUCUAUGGCUAAUAUUGCUGGGUAUAAAGCUGUUUUGGAAGCAUCCAAUCACUUCGGCCGGUUUCUGACGGGCCAGGUUACUGCCGCUGGCAAAGUUCUGGUUAUUGGAGCUGGCGUGGCUGGUUUGAGCGCAAUCGCAUCCGCUCGUCGCUUGGGAGCUAUUGUUAGAGGCUUUGAUACCCGUUCUGCUGCUCGUGAACAAGUUCAGUCCCUAGGUGCCGAGUUUAUAGAGGUAGACAUCCAAGAGGAGGGCUCAGGCCAGGGCGGAUAUGCCAAAGAGAUGUCGAAGGAAUUUAUCGAAGCGGAGAUGAAGCUUUUCAUGGAACAAUGUCGGGAAGUGGAUAUCAUUAUCACCACUGCUCUCAUUCCUGGAAGGCCUGCACCUAAGCUCAUAACGAAAGAGAUGGUUGCUGCCAUGAAACCCGGAUCUGUCAUCGUCGAUCUUGCCGCGGAAGCAGGUGGGAACUGCGAAGCAACUGUUCCUGGCGGAUUGUCUAAGUUUGAAGACGUGACGGUUAUCGGAUAUACUGACUUACCAUCACGCCUCCCCACCCAAUCAUCUACAUUGUAUUCGAACAACAUUAUCAAAUUCCUCCUAUCUAUGUCUCCCCAAGAGAAAUCCUUCGGCAUUGAUCUGAUGGAUGAAGUCGUUCGCGGUUCUAUUGUUACACACGAUGGAAAGAUAAUCCCGCCAGCCCCACGGCCAGUACCACCUCCUGCACCUAAGCAAGAGAUCCCUACGCCUGCCAAAGAACAAGCAGAAUUGGCACUAUCGCCUUGGAAAAAAGCUACGCGUGAUGUUGCGACCACUACUGCUGGCAUGGGGACUGCUCUUGCUCUGGGAAAGGCUACAGGACCUGUUUUCAUGAGCAACAUGUUGACAUUUGGUCUUGCUGGCCUGGUCGGCUAUCGUGCAGUGUGGGGUGUUGCGCCGGCUCUUCAUUCCCCCUUAAUGAGCGUUACCAAUGCGAUUUCUGGUAUGGUCGGAAUCGGCGGUUUCUUCAUAAUGGGCGGAGGCUACGUACCCAGCACGAUACCCGAAGCCCUGGGUGCUACUUCAGUUCUACUAGCAUUCAUGAAUGUAUCAGGUGGAUUUGUGAUCACCAAACGCAUGUUGGACAUGUUCAAGCGUCCGACUGAUCCGCCUGAAUACCCUUGGCUUUAUGCUAUCCCAGCUGUGCUGUUUGGCGGGGGCUUCCUUGCUGCUGCCAGCACUGGAAUGGCGGGGCUUGUACAAGCAGGUUAUCUUGUCAGCAGUGUCCUCUGUAUUGCCUCGAUCUCGGGUCUUGCUUCCCAGCAAACUGCUAGGCCUGUAGGGUUCUCGCCUGAAGUCUUAACCCAAUUCGGCGCGGUGGCUGGCUUAGGCUCUGUCGCUGGAGCACUGAUAGGACGACGAAUCACACCAACUGGACUCCCUCAGACUGUUGCUGCUCUCCAUUCUGUGGUUGGGCUCGCGGCCGUCCUUACAAGCAUAGGGAGUGUAGUGGCUGACAUUUCUCACGUAUCGACAUUGCACAUGGUGACGGCAUAUCUGGGUGUUCUAAUUGGCGGUGUUACCUUUACUGGCUCUAUUGUGGCUUUCCUGAAGCUUGCAGGACGUAUAUCAUCACGGCCUAUGUUACUACCUGGUAGACACUUGAUCAACACAAGUCUGCUUGGAAGUAAUGUGGCCACGAUGGGAGCCUUUGUCACCAUGGCACCUGGAUCCCCAGCAAUUGCAGCGACAUGCUUAGGCGCAAAUACCCUGCUCAGUUUUUUGAAAGGCUAUACUACGACCGCUGCCAUUGGUGGAGCUGAUAUGCCUGUGGUGAUCACCGUUUUGAAUGCAUACUCUGGAUUUGCUCUGGUUGCCGAAGGUUUUAUGCUCAAUAACCCCCUUCUCACCAGUGUAGGCUCUUUGAUUGGAGUCAGCGGUUCAAUUCUGUCCUACAUCAUGUGCGUCGCUAUGAACCGCUCCCUUACCAACGUCCUGUUCGGUGGCAUUGCAGCUCCUCAACAAGCAAAGAAGAUCGAAGGCGAGGUAGUCCAGGCAACUGUCGACGAUACGGUGGAAGCAUUGUCAAAUGCAGAAAGCGUCAUAAUAGUCGUUGGAUAUGGCAUGGCUGUGGCGAAGGCGCAGUAUGCACUGGCCGAGAUUGUGCGCAUGCUGCGUGCCAAAGGUGUCACCGUGCGAUUUGCCAUUCAUCCUGUUGCAGGCAGGAUGCCGGGUCAAUGCAACGUCCUUUUGGCAGAGGCAUCUGUUCCUUAUGACAUCGUUCUCGAAAUGGAUGAGAUUAACGAUGACUUUCCGGAUACUGACGUAACCCUCGUCAUCGGUGCAAAUGACACGGUCAAUCCAAUCGCCCUGGAGCCUGACUCGCCGAUCUCAGGUAUGCCCGUGCUACAUGCGUGGAAGAGCAAGGAGGUUGUUGUGAUGAAGCGCAGCAUGUCCAGCGGAUACGCCGACGUCCCGAAUCCGAUGUUCUACAUGCCUGGAACGAGGAUGCUUUUUGGAGAUGCCAAGACCUCUUGCGAUGCUAUCACAUCUGCCCUCGAAGCGCGUAAAUAGUUGCUACUAGUUUCUUGGAUUUAUUCGUUCAAGUCGCACAUUGGAGGAACGUUGGAUAAUUUGGUAUGCUUCUAGUUAUAUUCGAGUCCAUAAUACAUUCGAUAUGAGCAAAUACAAGGCCAAUUCUCAG